AUGACUCCCGGAUUUUUCUUGAACUUGGAUGAGCAAGACUUCCUAAGCCGUGACAGUGGCAGUAUCGCAGCGUUAGGAAGUCUUUGGGGUGUUAGUGAUGAUGGGAGUAUAUAUAAACACCCGGUCAAAAAAAAGCAGUCAACCUUUGUAGAACAAGUUUUUCGCAGCGGUAUUCCAGCCCACAUUGACCUUCAUUUGACAGUCACAUCCGUGCAACAGGUGCAACAAUAUGAUUGUAGGUGGGAAGGUUUCGUCAUGAAAAAUAUAUUAUUUUUAAAGGGUAAUGGUUUAAAUGUGUUGGAGUUAAAAGAGAGAUCGCUUCAUGUAAUCAUUGAAAUUAUGCAUAAGAUUCAUUUUUUUAUCAUGCAUUUGGGAUUUGGGAUUACAGUAAUUGCUUGUGGAUGCAAGCAACGUCUGUAUCAUUUCCUACGUGCUUGUGAUAAUGAAGCGAUCAAGGUGAUUUCUAUGAAAUUGUGA